GGUCAAUGCAAACUACCUAAUCAAAUCUGGUCUCAUGAAUGCAUCGACAUAUAGCACGUAUAUUGUCGCGCUAGACACUCGCAUAAUCAGCCCUAUGGGCUUCCCACAUAUAUACCUAUGUCCAUCAUACCUACCAUAUACUAAACCAUCUCCUACGGGGUUUAAAUUUCAAGAUUUUGAUUUGUAAAUUGGAUUAUCUUGGUAAUUAACUGCCGAGUAUAGUAUAUGAAGAGCUCGCACGGGGUUUCUAAUUGGUUGUAAGAGUUUAGCCUGGAAAGAGAACGGAUUAUCAUAUCAGAGCCCUGCGGUGGUGUAGAUACGAUCCCCCCAAAGAUGAUAUCCCAAAUUGGAUAUCGUCUAAUUAAUUUAAUUCUCAUGCCCGUAGAUCUACGAGUAGAUAUAGUAAGGGUCUAUCCACAAUCUGACCCGGACCGGAUGUCUGCAUUCUAUCCUAAGCGUACCGCGUCCUUACAGUGAACAUUACCCUUGACGAGUCACAAGAGAAAGAAAAAACACAAUGACCAGCGUGAAGAAUCUUGUGAUCAAGGCCGUUGCGACCUUCAUAUCAAUCGCCCUAGUCUCAGCUGCGCCUAAUGUGACCGUGGUUCCUCUCGGGGAUAGUUGCGCAUCAUACCCUAACUACGAUAACACAACCGGCAUCGCGGGGCCUCUACGUGUCGUGGCUGACUCAACGGGCAAGGAUCUUGAUGGUCGCAAAUUCUCUCCCAUAUUCGCGAUUGCAGUUGGCGGCGGAAGUUGGGGUUUCAUGGUGAUCCCUGCGGCUGAGGACCAGACGAAAAAGACAACCGAUGAAGAAGGUACACCUUUUAGAUGCGGGAACAAUACAUUGCAGGCACAUUUGAAUGCAGGCUCUGCUGGCGACCGUUGGCAGCCGUUGAUAGCGGCUGGAACGCCCGCCGAGUCGGCCUUUGGCUUUGGCUUGCCGGACUUGCCGGACCCGAAUUAUCAUCUUGAGACAUGGUUAGUGCUCUACCAAUCAUCUGAGAGAAAUUCCCCCUACUCCCACAUUGUAGAUGGAGCCGUGCAACCAGGCGCCGUAUUCCUCGGGGCCGUUAACAUUACGUCUUGGGGCUUCAACUAUCAAAACAACACCGGAGGCGAGUACUACUAUGCUAGACUGUUAGGACCUAACAGCAACAAUCUCGCGACAGGGAAACCAUUGAACCGGGGUGAAUUUACCGGGUAUAUAAAGAUUACAGCCGCUUGA